CGAUAAUGGAAGUAAUGCUCCUCGUGACGGUUGCACAAAGUUUGAAAUAAACUGUUGAGGUCACGCUACAGGAUUAUUGCACGCGCUCGAAUACGGUGGUCAGAUAAAAACCGUUAACGGACGUUUUGACGUUAAAUACUUCAUACUCGUUACAACGAGGGACAGGAGGACAGGAUGGACAGAAACCGGGGAUUUAGCUUCAAACUGUUGGUGCCUUCCAGGGUGAGUAACGGUCAGGUGUCUGCUGUUCGACCGCAGGAAGUCGAGGAGACAUGUGGGGACUUCAUGGUGCAGCAGGUUAUUAGUAAAGGUUUUGAAAAGGAGCAGACCAUGCCAUUUCCCAAUACAAGCAUGGUUGCACCAACUAAACCCACCGGAACAGAGUUGCCAAAGAUAAAAGCUGUGUCGCCAAUGGAAAAAGGCGAGAAUAAUUGCAAUCCUGGACAGCUUUAUUCAAAGUUGUUUGAUGAAGUUGAGAAAGUUAAGUGUUGGAAGGUCAAAGUUGACUCUGACACUUUGCAAAAGGAAAGGAGACUCCAAGAAAACAAAAGAACAAUUGAAACUCAGCGCAAAGCCAUCCAAGAAUUGCAGUUUGGAAGUGAAAGUCUCAGUGUAAAGCUGGAGGAACAGAUCAGCGAAAAUGAGGAUUUGAGGAACAAAAACAACGCAACGAGGAAUCUGUGUAAUAUACUCAAAGACACUUUUCAGCGGACAGCUGAAAAAAUGCAUUUAUUUGAAUCCGAAAGAGAAGAAACACAUCACCUGUUUAUGGAAAAUAGUUCAAGUAUUCAGAACAUGGUUGCAGCAUUUGAAAGCCUUCGUGUUCAAGCAGAAGAUGAUCAACAAGAGAUGCAAAAAGUCAAAGAGGCCUUGCUGCAGUUUGAAGAUCUGAAAGAGAAGUACAAUCAAGAAUAUGACGUGAAAGAAAAAGAGGUCGCAGAGCUUCAAACUCAAAUACGGGAUAAGGAACAUGAACUACAAAACCUCCUGCUGGACCUCCAUGAAAACCAGAAGCAGUGCAAACAACUCCAAGAAGAAACAAAUGAACAAUGUGGACUUCUCAGUAGCUCAAAAACUGAACAAGAGUCCCUGCUUCAGAAACGUCUCACUGCAGAGCAGCGCUGCACAGAAACCGAGAUAAAAUGUGAAGCUCUUGCUGCAAUUCUUGAACAAACUAAAGAAGAAUUUACAGAGAUGAUUCAAAGCAAAGACUCAAGCUUGCAGGAACUCAGCAAAGUAAAAAAUGAACAAGCAGAGACGUUGGAGCAGAUUCAGACGAACAUUCAGGAGCUCCAGGAUUCCCUAGCCUUAGAGGCAAAGAGGGCUAAGGAACUUGAGGAUAAACUCAUGGCCAACAGUGAGGAACUGGAAAGAAGAAACACACUUUUAGGAGAGAACAUAGAGCACAUUGCAAAGAAAGAAGGGCAGAUCAAAAUACUUGAAGAUGAACUGGACAAAACAUCUAAAUGUGUCGAGUCCAUGAAGGAAAAGAUCGACGUCACUGAAGUCAAAGUGGAGAAACUCACCACUGAGCUUUCAAGGGAAACCGAAGAAGCCCAGCGGUAUAAGAAUGAUGCAGAGAUUGAGAAAGCAGAACAUGAUCUACUAAAGGAAGUUUGUGAAGCUGCUGAAAAAGCACAAGAAGAUUUGAAGGAGAAAUCCAGAGUGACUGAGGUCAAAGUGCAGCAGCUGGAGGGACAACUGUUCACAGAAGUAAAGACAAAUAAAGAACAUACCUUCCAGAUGGUGCAACUGAGACAAGACAUCCAUCAGCAUGAGGAUAAGUACACGGAGCUAUUGGCCAACUUUAAUGAGCUGCAUUGUGAGAAGACAGUCAUUCAGCAGCAGUUUGUGAGCGGAUCUUCGAGUGUGAAAGCAGUUGAGGAAAACUUGAAGGUUAGUGAAAAGAAGGCUGUGAAACUCACAAAACAAAUUCAAAGAUUGGAAGAAGAAAACCAAGGUCUACGAGAGGAAGUGAAGUCCAUUGAGAACAAGAGCCAAGAGAAAUGUCAAGAAACUGAGACUCUGCAGAAGAAGUUUGAAGCAAAUUAUGAACGUCUGGAGGAGGGAAUUGCAGAAAAACAAAAACAGAUCAAAUCUGUGGAAACCAAGCUGCGCAGUCUCAGGAAAAAGUUUGAAAUCAAACUGAAAGCCCAGGAGGAAUACCAGAAAGAACAUGAAACGCUUAAGAAACAAAUGUCAUAGGAGAAGGCACAAUCCAGUCAACUUGAAAUGGUGAUCAACAAUCUCCAUGAGGAGGCCGAGAGCCUUAGAACGCUGAACGAAGAAAACCGUCAGAAAUUGCUAAAGGAAUUUGAGGCCAAAUCAACCUUGGCAGCAGAGCUUGAGAUUGAGGUACAAAAGCUCAAAUCAACAGCAGCAGAGGCCACCAAGAACAAAGAAGACGCAGAACUGAAGUGUCAACACCAAAUAGCAGAUAUGGUCGCUCUGAUGGAGAAACAUAAGAGCCAGUAUGACCGGAUGGUUGAAGAAAAGGAUGCAGAGCUUGAUGAGACAAAGAAGAAAGAGAUACAGGCUGUUGCACAUCGGGAAUCACUGGACUUGGAACUUGCAAAGCACAAGACGGAUAACGAUCAACUGAAGCAACAGCUGGUGGCAGGAACAACAGAAAAGGAAAAACUGCAGAAGGAGCUGGCUGACUUCAAGAAAGAAAUGUCAUCUAUGAAAAUGACUCCGCUGUCAGAGGCAAGGGACAAGCAGGCACCUGCCUUAAACUAUACCCAAGGGGAAAGCUCUAAGACUCCAAGAGAGAGCUCUUCAACGAGACACUUGUUUGACUUCACCAAAACCAGGAGAACUCCCUCCUCCAGCAACAAUGAGGGAAGUUCUGCAUUAAUGAAGAAAGCUGAAUCCUACACUGAAUCCAUCAGAAGAUCCUCUCGAACAACACCAAAGACCAAGGAACUUCGUAAUGAAGACCUAAAAACCCCAAGAAGUACUACAAACAGACUUGGCGGAACAUCAAAGAUCAAAUCCUACAGAAUAAGGACUCCUCCUUCUUCUGAAAAGGCAUCAGGCUGGGGAAAGAGCACCUUAGUGCUGUCGGACAAGUCUGAUAGCUCUGAUCAGCAUGAUCUCUUGACCUUUGCUAGUACACCUAUACCAGAUGUUUCCGCUCCACACCGCAAGUUCAAUAUCUUCAAAAAGAUCCAAAGCCCCGUCUCUCAGAAAUCACCAGGGAACUCCUUGAAGUUAGCAGCAAUGAAAAGGAUGCGAGAUGCUGGUUGGACGGCUGUUACGGGCUGUGACAAAAAGAAGAAGACAACCAAUGACAAGAUCUUUGCAUAAAUAGUGCGGUCACAGGACAGAUAAC